AUGUCAAGCUUCUCGAACGAAGAAUUCAGCUCUUGUCCAUUCUCCAGCAUCUUCAGUGACAAUGGCAGCAGCAAACCACUGGAUGCAAUCGAGAAGAGCAAAACUUUAGUUGAUUCGAGCGUUGAAGAAACUGUUCAAGAUACAAAAGCUCCUCUGCAGCUUGAAUCAAACCUUUUUAGCGCAAAUCUGGAUGGAGCUCCGGAGGCAGAGGAGGGCUUCGUUCCAAAGUCCAAAUCCCCAUUGUUAUGGGUCGUCUCGCCUCCAAACCACCCCCCAUUUCCCUCCAGGCCUCCACGCAGCCGCGAUGGCCCUCCGGCCACCAUCCCCGCCCAUCCGCCUCCGCCGUCGGAGUCGACGACGACAACCACCAGCCUGGAGCAGCAGCAGCCGCCGCCGCCUGCUCCUCCUUCCGGCGUUGAGUCCGAGGCGCCGCCAAAGAGGCGGAAGGUGGAGGAGGUGGGGUUUCAGCGCUCGCCGUACUACACGAUCAGAUAAACCGUCGCGAAUCUCCGCGGCCGCUUCCUUCAGGUUUGCCAAGGAACUGACUCAGAAAAGAAAGAUGCUGCUGUUGAGAUCUUGAAAGAGAUGAAAGAUGUCAUGGAAUUAUCCAAGAAAAUGCGGCUUGAUCUGUCCUCUGCUGCUGAGCCUGUGAAACCGCUCGACAAACCUGCAGAUAGAGCUCCCAAGGAUAAGCAUGCUGGAAAAGUUCCAUCCUCAGAGAAGUCAAGUUCCUCUGACAAGCCUGGCUGGAAAUUUCGUGCUGAUAACUCAAACACUGCAGCACAUAGGUUACUGGUGGAGACGAAAAAGGGGGCCGGACCAAGUAAGACAACAGAUCAUACAAAGCAGCAGGGUAGACUCCCGCAAGGGUCUUAUGUCAUCGGUGGAUCUCCCAUUGGCUGGAAUUUUCUCUUGUGGCCUGGACGCAAAGCAGUCUACUACGGUUUGACCAAAGAAGAGUGGUUGGCUCGUCGAUCUGCGAAAUGAAGUUCCAUCCUCCUGUCCCAGCAAUCUAACCGCUAUUUUGAUCUUAGAUCUUCAGAGGAUAGCAUAGUAUGUCCCAGUAGUUGCUGUGAUAUGAGUACUAGUGUAGAACUGAAUAGUACAUGACACUUCAGGAAGGUAACCUCUUGACACCAGAGCAUGGUAACUUGGUAAGGUACUGUUGUACCGAGGUGUAUCAGAAUCGCUAUGCUUUUGGAAUGGUUUUUGUUGCACAAGAAGGGCAAUCAGCAAUAGAUAUACAGAGAAUUUUGGUUGUAAACUGAACGAGCUAUGUGCUCAUGUUAUAUUUCCUGUUCAGAAGUGAA